AAUCAAGUUUCACAGAGCUUCUAAAGCAAACAAGAAGCCAGUUCAGUUACCUCGGGGAAUGGUGAAGUCACUAUUAUAUCAGAUCCUGGAUGGGAUUCACUACCUGCAUGCUAACUGGGUGUUGCACAGGGAUUUGAAACCUGCUAAUAUUUUAGUUAUGGGUGAAGGUCCUGAGCGAGGAAGAGUAAAAAUUGCUGAUAUGGGCUUUGCCCGAUUAUUUAAUUCACCUUUGAAGCCUUUAGCAGAUUUGGAUCCAGUGGUUGUAACAUUCUGGUACCGAGCCCCGGAGCUACUUCUUGGAGCAAGACAUUAUACCAAAGCUAUUGAUAUUUGGGCUAUAGGGUGUAUAUUUGCAGAACUACUAACGUCAGAACCAAUAUUUCACUGUCGACAAGAGGACAUCAAAACUAGUAAUCCUUAUCACCAUGACCAGCUGGACAGAAUAUUCAAUGUAAUGGGAUUUCCUGCAGAUAAAGAUUGGGAAGAUAUUAAAAAGAUGCCUGAACAUUCAACAUUAAUGAAAGAUUUCAGAAGAAAUACGUAUACCAACUGCAGCCUUAUCAAGUAUAUGGAAAAACAUAAAGUUAAACCAGAUAGUAAAGCAUUCCACUUGCUUCAGAAGUUGCUUACCAUGGACCCAAUAAAGCGAAUUACCUCAGAACAGGCUAUGCAGGAUCCCUAUUUCUUAGAAGACCCACUUCCUACGUCAGACGUUUUUGCCGGUUGUCAAAUUCCUUACCCCAAACGAGAAUUUUUAACGGAAGAAGAACCUGAUGACAAAGGAGACAAAAAGAACCAGCAGCAGCAGCAGGGCAAUAACCACACUAAUGGAACUGGUCACCCAGGGAAUCAAGACAGCAGUCAUACACAGGGACCCCCGUUGAAAAAAGUGAGAGUUGUUCCUCCUACCACUACCUCAGGUGGACUCAUCAUGACCUCAGACUAUCAGCGUUCCAAUCCACAUGCUGCCUAUCCCAACCCUGGACCAAGCACAUCACAGCCACAGAGCAGCAUGGGAUACUCAGCUACCUCCCAGCAGCCUCCACAGUACUCACAUCAGACACAUCGGUACUGAGCUGCGUCGGAAUCUUGUCAAUGCACUGUUGCGAAUGCUGCAGGGUUGACUGCAGCUCUCCACGGGAACCUGGUAUGGGCCAUGAGAAUGUACUGUACAAAUGCAUCUUCAAUAUGUCCAGUAGCCAAGUUCCACCACUUUUCACAGAUUGGGGUAGUGGCUUCCAAGUUGUACCUAUUUUGGAGUUAGACUUGAAAAGAAAGUGCUAGCACAGUUUGUGUUGUGGAUUUGCUAUUUCCAUAGUUUACUUGACAUGGUUCAGACUGACCAAUGCAUUUUUUUCAGUGACAGUCUGUAGCAGUUGAAGCUGUGAAAUGUGCUAGGGGCAAGCAUUUGUCGUUGUAUGUGGUGAAUUCUUUCAGUGUAACAACAUUAUCUGACCAAUAGUACACACACAGACACAAAGCUUAACUGGUACUUGAAACAUAAAGUAUAUAUUAACUCAACAAAAUAACUAGGACUCAAAAUGAGAUUAUUUUGGUACACCUUUCUUUUUAGUGUCUUAUCAGUGGGUUGAUUCAUUUUCUACAUUAAUCAGUGUUUUUUGACCAGGAAUAUUGCUUGGAUUUUUUUGAAAGUACAAAAAGCCACAUAGUCUUUCCAGAAAGGUUUCAAAACUCCCAAAGAUUAAUUUUCAACUUAUAAUUUUGUUUUUGUUUUCAAUCUAUGACUUGACUGGUAUUAAAGCUGCUAUUUGAUAGUAAUUAAAUAUGUUGUCAUUGAUAUAAACCUGUUUGGUUCAGCAAACAAACUAAAAUGAUUGUCAUAGACAGUGUUUUAUUUUUCCUGUUGGUGUUGCUGAUUUGUGCGCAUGCUUUAAGAUGAAAAAAAGCAUGAAUGAUAACUUCCUUAAAAAGGUGCGGCAUCCAAAAUUCAGAUAUUUCGUCCUGAUUUUAAAGCUGGUUGGUGUAGUGCUAUUAAAAUUUUGUUCAAUUAAUUUUCCUUUUUAAAACCUGUUCGCACGUUGUUUAGGGUGCCCUUACUUCAGCAAAGGAGGAAGAGUAGGAGAGCCUUAGAAUUUUUAAGGAAAAAAAAAACCUAUAACAUACAAUGUACUGUAUCAAACUAUUUUACAUGAAUGACACAAGUAUUCUGAAUAAAAAAAUAACUGAACAUUGUUAAAAACAAGGUGUUAUGUAAUAAAUUUAUUUUUCAUAAAUCAAAA